AUGGAACUCGAAACUCCUGGUGGCGCUAUUGCAUCUUCUUUCUUUGAGGCAUUGAUUGACAAAUUGUCUUCUGCUGAAACUAUGGACGAGAAUCUACAUAGUAGGUUGAUAACGGCUUUGUUUUCCAUCAAUGUUGUUGCUGAUGAUGCUGAGAAAAAGCAGAUCGAUAACUUUCAUGUGAAAGAAUGGCUUCUUGGGGUUAAAGAUGGUGUUCUUGAUGCUCAGGAUCUCGUGGAAGAAAUUCACAUUCAAGUUUCCAAGUCCAAACAAGAAGUAGAUGAAUCUCAGACAAGCUCUACUAGAACCAACCAGCUAUUGGGUAUGUUAAAUGUCUCUCCUAGUUCAAUUGACAAGAAUAUAGUAUCUAGGUUGAAAGAGAUAGUUCAAAAACUUGAAUCGCUUGUGAGCCUGAAAGAUGUACUUCUUCUGAAUGUUAAUCAUGGUUUUAAUACUGGGUCACGGAUGUUGAUAUCACCAAGUUUUCCUUCUAUGAAUUCUCCUAUGUAUGGGAGAAAUGAUGACCAAACAACUCUCUCUAAUUGGCUCAAAUCGCAGGAUAAGAAGCUCUCCGUUAUUUCAAUGGUAGGUAUGGGUGGGAUAGGGAAGACCACCCUUGCCCAACAUUUGUACAAUGAUCCUAUGAUAGUGGAAAGGUUCCAUGUUAGAGCAUGGGUAAAUAUGUCUCAGGAUUUUGAUGUUUGUAGAAUUACAAGGGUGAUUCUAGAAUCAAUCGCUGGUUCAGUUAAGGAAACUACAAAUCAGAGUAUUCUUCAAGAAAAGUUGAAGGAACAACUCAUCGGGAAGAAAUUCUUCAUUGUUUUGGAUAGCGUUUGGAUCCAAGACCGAAUGAAAUGGAGACGGUUUAAGACUCCAUUUACUUAUAGGGCACAAGGAAGUAAAAUCCUUGUCACUACACGCGGUGGAGAAGUCGCGUCGGUCACGACAUCAGAUCAAAUUCAUCAAUUACAUCAUCUGGAUGAAGAAGACUCUUGGACAUUGUUUGCGAAACAUGCAUUUCAUGGCUUUGAUGAUUCUUAUGCUGUCUCCUGGACGAAGAAGACUACCCUCCAUGAGAAGGUUGGUAAGAAGGUGGCUGACAAAUGCAAAGGAUUACCUCUGGCCUUGAUAGCCAUCGGAAAUCUCUUGCGCAGAAACUCAUCAUUGCGGCAUUGGGAGAAGAUAUCGGAAAGCGAUGCAUGGGAUUUAGCAGAAGGGACCAGAAUUGUCCCUGCAUUAAUGGUAAGCUAUCAAAGCCUUCCCACUCACCUAAAGAAAUGCUUUGAGUACUGUGCCUUGUUUCCAAAAGGUUAUCUUUAUGAGAAAGAUCAGCUAUGUCUAUUGUGGAUGGCUGAAAAUUUGAUUCAACGCCCUCGACAACAUAUGACGAGUAUGAAGGAAGUUGCUGAAUCUUACUUCAAUGAUUUGAUUUUGAGAUCAUUUUUCCAGCCAUCAACAAAGUAUAGAAAUUAUUUUGUCAUGCACGACCUACAUCAUGACUUGUCAAAGUCUAUAUUUGGGGAAUUUUGUUUCACAUGGGAAGGCAGAAAAUCAAAGAACAUGACAAGCAUAACUCGUCAUUUUUCAUUUUUAUGUGAUGAAAUAGGAUCUCCGAAAGGACUGGAGACCUUGUUCGAUGCGAAAAAGUUACGCACAUUCCUACCGUUGUCUAUGACUUGUUUUGAAUAUCAAUGGUUAUUGUGCUUUAACUCUAACAAAUUACUGCUUUCAGAGCUCUUCUCCAAGUGCAAGAGGCUGCGUGUCUUAUCUUUGUGUGGGUGUAUGGAUAUGAUUGAGUUACCGGAUAACAUAGGCAAUCUUAAACAUCUCCAUCACCUCGACCUUUCUCGUACUAAAAUAAGUAAACUUCCGGAUACAUUGUGCUCACUUCAUUACUUGCAAACAUUGAAGGUCAGGGACUGUCAAUUUCUUGAAGAGCUGCCUAUGAAUUUGCACAAACUCGUGAACUUGUGUUAUCUCGAUUUUAGUGGAACAAAGGUAACAGUAAUGCCAAAGGAAAUGGGAAAGCUGAAAAAUCUUGAAGUACUGAGUUCUUUUUAUGUAGGCAAGGGAAACGAUUCUAGUAUACAACAGUUAGGAGAUUUAAAUUUACAUGGAAAUCUUGUAGUUGCAGACCUGGAAAAUGUUAUGAAUCCGGAGGAUUCAGUUUCAGCAAAUUUAGAGAGGAAGAUAAACCUUCUGAAACUAGAAUUAAGAUGGAAUGCAACUCGCAACAGUUCACAAAAAGAAAGGGAGGUGCUCCAGAACCUAAAACCUUCUAUACAUUUGAAUGAGCUCUCAAUUGAGAAGUAUUGUGGUACGUUAUUCCCACAUUGGUUUGGAGACAAUUCACUGUCACGUCUGGUAUCCUUGAAGUUAAGCAAUUGUGAAAACUGUAUUUUGCUUCCUUCACUUGGAGUUAUGUCAUCACUCAAGCACCUUCGGAUUACCGGACUCUCUGGAAUAGUGGUGAUUGGUAUGGAGUUUUACAGGGAUGGGAGAAGCUCUACUGUAUCUAUUCCAUUUCCAUCCUUGGAAACCUUAACUUUUAAGGAUAUGAAUGGAUGGGAAAAAUGGGAAUUUGAAGUUGUUAAGGGGGUUGUUUUUCCACGUCUAAAAAAGCUUUCUAUAAUGCGAUGUCCAAAUCUGAAAGACAAAUUACCAGAGACACUUGAAUGUUUAGUGAGUCUGAAAAUUUGUGAUUGCAAACAGCUCGUGACUUCUGUUCCAUUCUCUCCAUCAAUCAGUGAACUACGUCUCACCAAUUGUGGAAAAUUGAAAUUUAAUUAUCAUUUAUCCACUCUGAAAUUUCUUUACAUUCGUCAAUGCUACAUCGAAGGAUCCUCCGUGGAUUGGAUCAGGCAUACAUUAUCUGAAUGUGGUACCAACAUUAAAUCGUUGAAAAUUGAAGAUUGCGCAACUAUGCAUAUUCCCCUAUGCGGAUGCUACAAUUUCCUUGUAAAAUUGGACAUCACCAGUAGCUGCGACUCUCUAACAACAUUCCCGCUGAAUCUGUUCCCAAAUCUUGAUUUUCUCGACCUUUAUAAGUGUAGUAGUUUUGAAAUGAUUUCACAGGAAAAUGAGCAUCUUAAACUCACAUCUCUCUCAAUUGGAGAGUGUCCUAAAUUUGCAUCAUUUCCAAAAGGAGGAUUGUCUACACCAAGUUGGAGUCGUUCUCCGAUGGAGGUUUGCCAUCAAGCCUAA